AGACGGGCUAUCGUCUGUAGAAAAAAACAAUAGGGAAAGGCGUUCAUAAUUACAUGUCCUUAUAACAAAGCUCUUCUACCUCUUCUCUCAUUUAAGUUCUUCCGUACAACGACUGCUGAACCGCGAAACGCUCCAAAAUGAAUGUGACCGAAAAAGUUACUGUUGUUAGUGUUGUCGAUGUGUACGAUGUAGCGUACGAAAUCGGGAAAGAGUUAGAAACUAUCAUCGAUCAGUCCGGAGCCAGCGCAGUUUCCGGACUAAUAACGAAAGUAGUGAAUGCGCUGGAAUUGAUGGAAACGCUGACAUGUCAGAAUGAAAGUGAAAAUUCAACUAUCCAAGAGCUACAGGAGAAAAUCACUCAGCUAGAGGCGGAAAAAGAACAAAAAGCCGCCUCUCGUUCGCGAUACGAAAAGGAGCUAGAAGCCAUCGAAGACCAAUGGCGUUUAGAAGCCAAGGAUCUGUUCGUAGUUAUCGAUAAGUUGCAAGAGGAAAAUCGAAAGCUGCAACGGGGCAUCGCAAAGACAGCGACGAACACAGCUGGCGCAAGCCAAGCAUCUAGUUCUUCUAAUGGAGACGACAUGGUCGAUGAAUAUUCUAGUGCAUUGGAGACGGAGCACACACUAGCUUAUAAGAAGUCUUCCGAGCAUAAGUUGCAGCUGUGCCAGUUAGAAGAAAAGCUAAAGCGCCAAGAGAUAGAAAUUUAUGAAAAGAAAUGUGAAAUUGAAACAUUAUCUUGCCAAAAUGAUCGUCUGAAAAAGGUAGUUAGUGAAAGCCGACGGCGGCAAAAGCUAUCCCACAAUCAGAUCAUUACGCUAUGCGAAGAACGAGCCGACUUUCUAGCUCAAAUUCAGAAUCAACACCAUGAGAUCAAAGCACUGCGGAACCAGCUCGGUCUGGCAGAGCAGGAAAACCAAGAUCUUUUAAAUCUGGCAAAUGAAGACGAACGUCCACGAUUCUCAACUAUUGAAUUGAAAGAAAUGCUUACGGACAGAAACGAGCUUAAAGCCCGCGUCAGCGAUCUGGAACAAGAACUUAUGACCUGCCAGGCUGUUGGGGGUACUGAUGUCGUUGAUUCGGGUGAUUCAACGCAUCCGGUUGCUGGUUGUUCAGAACAGCCGUCCGAUGACUUCAGCGAACUGCCCGUGCAAGGACCGCUGCCCUAUGAGCCUGAUGACGCACCUUGGAAGAAAAGUAACGAAAGCGGCAUCAGAAAAUUCUUCCGCAAGUUGUUUAACGAAAAUUCAUCCGACUGUUCUACCUUUUCCCAGCGAUCGUUGUCUACCUUAUCAAAGAUGGCACUGUCGUCAGGUCCGCACAGCGAUAUACCUAUUUAAACAGUCGUCUAUGACAUCCGAUC